UCGAAACAUCGAUGUUUUUCAAUAUCGAUCUCACUGUGACAUCGCUCUAUACUGCUGAGAACAGUAAAUAUUUUGUUCUUGCAUGGAUUAAGUUAUUUUGAUAAUACAUAGUGGUUUUUGUGCAAUUAAAGAAAACUGAUUGAACGCGAUGGAUUUCAUCGAUACACUUUUAAAUCAAAUGUCAUCAACGUUUAAUCGAGAGGGAUCAAUACCAAUUCAAGCCGAAAUUUCCAUGGAUGAAACAUUCAAAUGGCGAGCCCUAAAAAACAACCAGUUUGCUAGCCGAUCAAAAAAAGUUCGUUUCUCUAAGAGCCGUUUAAAGGAUAAGGAAAAAAUCAUUGAGAAAAAUGAUUAUUCCGACUCUUCCAUACAAGCGAAGCAUAGUUGUACAAUAAAUGGAUUGAAUUCAAACGACGGCAUUGAAAUCGAAAUUGAAAAUGAUAUAAGCCGAGCAGAAAUUCGAGAAAUUGUGGCAAUCACCCAAGGUUUUUUUUCUGUGUCUGAAGACUUAAAAACUCAACCUACGGAUGAUGUGGAAAUAAGUGAAGGCAUCGGCAUGUUUAGUAAAAAUAAGGAAAGCAAUAUUGAAUCGAUUCCUUCAUCAAUUGGCUUUAGUUCAAACACCGAAGAGUUGUUACCGACUCCCCUUGAUAGUGAUAUAAACCAAACAAAACCUUCAGAGAAUGAUAAAAAUGAGAUGAUCUCAGAGUUUGGCCAUAUUAAAACAAACAUAUUGGAGACCGAAAAAAAUCAACAAAUAGGCGAUCAAGAAUCAUCUGACACUACUAGUAUAUUUGUUCAAAUGUCCUAUGCGUUUAAUGGAUCUAUCUCAGCUAAAUCGGGUUGCGUCGAACGUAACUCAAUUGAUUUGGGCGAAAUAGAAACGCCGUCUCAGUUAAUAGAGCUUUCCAAACCUACUAGAAGCUAUAAUUCAAAUGGGUUAUCAAAAUCUGAUCUUCAAGAUAAUCUCAGAAGAUCUGGUAGGCUGAAACGCGAGAAGACUUUAGUUAGAGGUGCGAUGGUUACCAGUCGUAAAAACGAAACGAGUACACAAACGUUGAAUAGUCCUAUACUAAGCGAAGAGAAUCAUUUAACAGUAAGAAAGAGCUCAAAUCCUACACCAAAACCUACUAGAAACCCCGCAAAUAAAGAUAUCGACAAAAAAAUUAGUACUAAGGACGUAAAUGAAAAAAUACUUCCCAAGAAUCGACCGAACCGUUGUGGAAACAGAAAAUUUGGAAAAAGAGAUCUUAUCGCUCUACGGAGAUUCAAUCAAUCCCGAGUUCCUUCGAAAAUACGCGUGAAACACAACAAGGAGAAGAUAGUACAUGCAAUAUCUAAAAAAUCCAUAAUCAUCCAAAAACAAUCUUCGCCUUCAAAUGAUUUGAAAAAGCAUUCAGUUAAGAAAUCGGCUUCGACAGUUAAACAUAAAAAAGAAUUUGAGCGCAAACCUGAAACAAUGCCGUUUGAAUGUAAACUACUAAAACCAGAAACGCAAAACAUUGAUAUGAAACCGUUGAGACGUCUUCUAAACAUUGAAAAUAACUCGAAACAAGAUUUGUCCGAACAUAAAGGUCGGCUUUCACGACCAAUUAAACUUUCUGCCAAAAUUCUAGCCAAUGCCGAAUUGAGGCACGGGUUUGAAUUGCAAAAUAGUCUCAGACUAAGCAUUAAUGCUGAAAUUGAAAACAAAACAAGCCAUAAAAAUUUGUCAUCAAACUCGUUACCGGACAUUGCAACAAAACUCAAUCGUACUGUUGAAAAAAGAACAAGGCUACCAGCGAUUAAAUAUUCGAGUAUUAAUAAAAGUUUGAAUCUGACUGACUUUCUAAAUGAGAUAAAACGUCAGAAUUUGGGCAAUAAUAGGUCUCCAGAGAAUAGAAAGCUUACUAAAAAACAGCAAAAACGACUGCUGAAACUAAAGGAAAUUCAUUUCAAAAUGCUGGGUUUGCGAAAAAACAGUGUAAAAUGUGAACAAUCAUCAAAUAGUUCUGUUAUUGGAGACAUAAAUAAUACUACGACUGAAAUAAAAAUAAAAGAUAGUAUAUCAACUGUCUCAAAUACACAAGAUGUGUUCCGAGUUUCACCACGGCAAUCUACCAAAGAAACUUUUUUACGCGGGCCAUGUCAAGACGAUAAUAUGAGUCAUUCAAAACUAUCCAAUAACGAUUGUCUCGAAAGAGCACAGCCGUUAACCGACUCUAGUCCUUACCGCGAAGUUCAUGGCACUGAAAGUGCCUCAUCUACAAAUCAAACAGAAUGCAAUUGUUAUUGCCAGAAACGUACCCGGUAUUUCAUCACGAAGGCAAGGAAUCGUAUGAUGUGUACUGCCACUGAUGAUGUUAAUGGAGAAACUAUCGGAUGUACUGAAGAGCUGGAAGGAGAACUUCAAAAUUUUUUACGUGUCAAUAAGAAAAUAAGUUAUCAAUUACUUUGUCAUAUUCAUCGAAAACGAUUACGGCAUCACGGAUGCUGUCCAGUAUGUGGCAUUUUUUGUACGAAGGGUGUAUUCGUUUUGUGUAUCCAUAAACAUCUCUUCCAUCGAAGCUGCGCAGAAAAAUUAAUAAUGAAUAUUGAAUGCAUUUCUAAUGGAACUAACGCUCAACAAGUCUUGAGCUGCCCCCAUUGUGGUACGAAGAAUGUUGCUCAUAACUACAUAGUUGAGCCGUGUAAUACCCCGGCAUCUAUUCGUUCAGAUCCUUCCGAGAAUUCCAAACAACCCAAAAGGCGAUAAUCAUGGAACUUCAAAUGUAGAUGCUAAACAAGUAGAUAAUCGUACUCAAAAUAUAUAAUUGUGUAGAAACUCAUCUGCAUAAAAUAA